GAGCUAAUUACUCACAAGUCACAAGUUCUAGCUUUAGCACUAGCUCAUUCGUCUAAAUCUUGCUUUUGCUCAUCUUGCUUCAUUUCUCCCAAGACUAUCUUCACCAGGGAAAAAAUGAGAGCAAUCUGUAUUCUUCUCUGUUUCUUUAUGUUUCUUCUUGUGUCUUCAGCCCAUCCGGGGAAGAAGAAGCAGUACAAACCGUGCAAGGAAUUAGUCCUAUACUUUCAUGACAUUAUUUACAAUGGCAAGAACGCUGCCAAUGCAACCUCAGCAAUUGUGGCGGCGCCCGAAGGCGCCAACUUAACCAUCUUAGCAAGCCAGUUCCAUUUUGGCAACAUUGUAGUUUUUGAUGAUCCCAUUACCCUUGACAACAAUCUUCAUUCACCGCCAGUCGGUAGGGCACAAGGCAUGUAUAUUUAUGACACCAAAAACACCUUCACUGCCUGGCUAGGCUUUUCUUUUGUCCUCAAUUCCACAGACCACCAUGGCUCCAUAAACUUCAUCGGAGCUGACCCAAUUAUGGUAAAGACUAGAGAUAUAUCCGUGGUCGGAGGCACUGGGGAUUUCUUUAUGCACAGGGGAAUUGCUACCAUAGCCACCGGCGCAUUUGAAGGCGAGGUGUAUUUCAGGCUCCGAGUUGACAUCAAAUUCUAUGAAUGUUGGUAAAAA